GUUGCCUAGUCUCCAGCAUUCAUCUGUGGAGCCAUGCCAUCGGUUAUGGAGGGCUCAGAGAGGGGAGAAGAAGGGGAAAACUUUCACUAUGAGGAAACAGAAGAUGACAAUGUCAGUCCCACCAGCCUCUCGGAGCUGCUGAAGGAGGGAACAAAGGAAUCCCAUGAUCAUGCAGAGAAUUCUAAGUUUGUCAAAGACUUCCUGAAAGGACAGAUCAAGAAGGAGGUUUUCAAGCUGGCUACUGUGGCACUCUACUUCACGUACUCUGCUCUGGAAGAGGAAAUGGAUCGCAACAAAGACAACCCAGUCUUUGCCCCUCUGUAUUUCCCUCUAGAGCUCCACCGGAGAGAAGCAUUGGUCAAAGACAUGGAAUAUUUCUAUGGAGAAGACUGGAAGGAGAAGAUCCAGUGUUCAGAAGCAACUAAGCAUUAUGUGGACAGAAUCCAUCAUGUGGGACAGCAUGAGCCAGAGUUGUUAGUGGCCCAUGCUUAUACACGCUACAUGGGGGACCUCUCAGGUGGCCAGGUGCUGAGGAAGGUAGCCCAGAGGGCCCUGAAGCUGCCCAGUACUGAGGAAGGGAUCCAGUUCUACAUAUUUGAAAACAUUUCCAAUGCACAACAGUUCAAGCAACUCUACAGGGCCAGGAUGAAUGCUCUAGACUUGGACAAGAACACCAAGGAAAGGAUUGUGGAAGAAGCCAACAGGGCUUUCAGAUUUAACAUGCAGGUAUUUGAUGAACUGGACAAGAUUGGCAUGUCCCUAACAGAAGAAGCCCAAGAUGGAGGCGUCCCCAUCCACGAUGGAAAAGGAGACCUACGCAAAUGCCCUUACUAUGCAGACAAACUAGCUGGCAAUGCAGGACCUGGCUGUCCCUAUCAUGCUGCUGUGACCUUGGCAAAGCAGCCCAUAGUGCAGCUGAUCCUUGCGGCUUGUGUUGCUGUGGCAGCAGGAGUUGCAGCGUGGUACGUAAUGUGAUGGGAAGAGCAGUCUGCAGCUCUACAUGGUGGCAAAAGGAGAGGUGCACCCUGUCCUUCUUCAGACUGUUCCCCUGCUAUUGGUGGAGAUGACUGCAGGGUGGAAGUAAGACAAUAAACAGAAUCCAGAGGGACUGUCCAGGACUUUCUGCACAUGAGUAAUGCAAGCAUUGUAAUAUAAUGUCUUAGCAAACUAGUGUACAGGAUUGUGUUGGUGAGUGGGUAUGAGGAUUCCAGGUUGGCACUGCUCUAUUCGGACUGGGGCAACUUGUAAGGCUGCAAAUGUCUUGUCCUGUACUAGCAAAGGCUUUAUGCGCUUGGCUUUCCAUCUCCUUCCUGGAAGGAGCAUCCCAGGAAGGUGCCAUCAGUCUUUUUGGUGAAGAGCACUCAAGUUUCCUAUCAUGAGAAACUGCUGGAGAGGUACAGUAAUGCUACAGUGGCUAUGCCACAGGGCUAUUAGUUCAGGGAAGGAAUGUACUGCUUGUUCCAGUGUCCUGGGGACCAAGUGUAACUUGUGUUGAAAGGACUCUGCCCUCUUACAGGAUGGUUAGAGGGAGGGCAGUGCUCCCUGGAUGAGAGGACAGGACCAAAUGUGUGGGUGGGGGUAUGAAGGUGACAUGUUUAUUGUGCAACAUUGAUUUUUGCUGAAGCCUUGAUGGGAAUAAAAAGUUGCUAUGCUGCA